AUGAGGAGUUGGACUGCCAGCAUGGACAGUGAAACCAUGAGUGGAAGCAGUGGCUGCACAAGCUGCCUAAACUUGAUGUUGGUUCUGAUUGUUAGAGCAACACAACUGGAGGAAGAGGAAGGAUGUACUGAUGAUGUCACACUUUUUGAAUACACAUCAGAGAAUGUUUUUGUACCACUUACAGUUGGUGGUGGUAUCAAAGAUUUCACUGAUGCAAAUGGAAGGUACUAUUCUAGUAUGGAGGUGGCUUCAGAAUAUUUCAGAUCUGGUGCGGAUAAGAUAUCUAUCGGGAGUGAUGUUGUUUAUAUUGCAGAAGAUUAUCUAAAAACAGGAGUAGGCAACUGA